AUGCAGCAACGACUAUCUGCGGUGGAAACGCUGCGCUUCCAAAUGCCAUAUGUCGCAUUUGGAUCAAGGCAACAGACUUACGAAACGCUGUUGCAUUCCCACCCUGAAAGUACCGCUCCUCCAGAACAACCCACCGCUUCCCACCAGCCCAAGUUUUUUACUUGGGUAACUAACAAUGGAUACGGCGCCCGAAAUGCUUCUGAUCCAGCCCCGUUCUCUCUCUGGGAUGAUCAUGUACACGAUUUCCGCUUUCCUACACCUGAAGAAAGGAAGUGGAUUGUCGAUGCCUUCCGCGCGGAAAGUGUGACCUACAGCUGGCCAGACAUCAUCAUUGAAACCCGUUUUCCCCCAAAUCCAAUCCCUUUGACUGUGGCAUGUGUUGCAGCAACGUUUAUCCCUGCCGGAUCCAACUGGCCCUACUUGACAACGAACACCGAUUACAGCAACCCGAGGCUACCUGAUCCCCUCUCUCCGCAUUUUCAACUACCGAAGUGGGAGAGACCAUCCGAAAAGCAACGGGAAGCGGUUCUACGGGCCCUGGGUAGGCUUGUGACAGUGCAGGCUGUCAAUUACAUUGCUCCUAUCAUCAUUGUUGAGAUCGCGCUUGAUGGAAGAUCAUACAGCACCCGAUCUCUCCCAGGAAGAGUCGGUGGUCUCCUCACUGUAUACCACCACAGUCAUACGCCGUUUUGGCCUCUGACGUGCCAAAGCAGAGAACGCUGUAUCACACCUGGAACGGUUCAGGAUACGACUAACUAUUUCCUGACUGACCUCCAAACUCUCUGCCCAGAAGUGCGAGUGGAGUGUGGCCUUACUAACAGAGACAGUGGUUACCUCGAUGCCACCAUGGCUUCAACUGCCGGCGUGAAACUUAGAAACACCGAUUCAGGAUAUAUCAGACUUACUGUCUCCAAUCACGGAUUUAUCAACUCUGAUGAGGUCUAUCAUCCGUCCUCUCAGAAUGGGGGCGUUUGCAUUGGUCACAUUGACGAACGGUUCGAUGCCCUUGACGUCGCUUUGGUGAAACUUUACCCGUCGACAACAUUCACAAAUGGGGAAUAUUUCCCAAGCCCAGCCUCCGAAUCGCCUCAUCCGUUCCACUGA